AUGAGGGUUUUUGGGGGGAGUUGGCAGAGCGAGGAAGAGGAAGAGGAGGAAGAAGAAGAGACGCAGGCGAGCGACGGCGAGGAGCGACGGCGAGCCCAGCAAAGGCUUUCGUCGCUUUUGCUUUGCUCGUCUCGAGCCGGGGAGCAGCCCAGCGGCCGUAUCGGUAUUACCGCAGGACGGCUGGCAGCCUCCCCUGCGUGCGCGCGCGGCGGCCCUGGCAGUCCUCGGUAUCGCGGUAACGCUGCUGUACCCUACGCCUCUUGCCGCAGAGGAGGACGGGAGAAGGAGAAGAAGAAGGAGAAGAAGAAGCCAAGAGGUCAGGACGAUAUUGUAGCUGCUGCUGCGGACGACGGUUGGCCGACGAGAAGGGCCAGCAGCAGUUCCUCCAUCCUGGCCCUGAUACAGCAGUGCAUGCAGGGGCUGUGA